AUGGAGCCCGACGAGCCCUAUUACCUUGCUUGGGAGCGUUUCCAAAACCUUUGUGCUCGUUGCUCCCAACAUGGUCUUUCCGAUUGGGCCCUUUGUGAAAAAUUCUAUGACGGUCUCACCCAAGAGACUCGUGAUCGUUUUGACACUAAUGCGGGGGGUCACAUGAUGGGUAUUCUUACUAUUGCUGAGUGUUUAGAGCGUUUCGAGGCAUUUGCCCAAUCUCAAUCUCAGUCGCGAGCCGAUCAGCGGGAGCUUAAGGAGAUUAAGGCAAAGGUAGAUAAGUGUGAGUUUUGCCAAGGGGGUAACGAUACGAAUGCGUGUCCAUUGCUAGUUGGUGAGGAGCAGGUCGAUUUUUUGGGAGGGGGUCAAGGUAGAGGUCAACCUAGUGGCUUUGGUAAUAUUAAUUUGGGUUGGCGAAAUAAUGAUAAUAAUUUUAAUAAUAAUAAUAAUUUUCGCUCAAAUGGACCUCCUGGUUUUCAAAUAGCUCAAAAUCCAAAUAGGGGUCAAGGUUCAUUCUUUGGUGGGGGUUCAAAUGGGCAGUUCAACAAGGGGGGUCAAGGUUCAUUCUUUGGUGGGGGUUCAAAUGGGCAGUUCAACAAGGGGUUCAAUGGGCAGGUUAAAGAUGGGGGGUCAAAUAAUCAGGUUCAACCAGUUCAGGGUCCAAGUUAUGAUCUAGGGGGUAGUCUAGAGAGAAUGGAGGGAACCCUAGAGUUGAGGAGAGUAGUUGAGGAAGAUGGGGAGAUUGUAGAUGAAGAGAUCGAGAUGGGGGCUCACGGCAAAGUGCAAUCGAGGCUAAGCCCAGCAAGUACUGCACAGCCCGGUGAGUCUCAAGGUGAGAAGAAGGUAGAGAAACCACCCGUAGACGUUAGACCUUCCCCACUCAUAGACCAUUUGCGUGUCCCGUUUCCUACACGUCUUAGGAACCAAAAGUACUCAAGGGAAUACGGGCAAUUCUUAGAUAUCUUCAAGCAAUUGAAGAUAAAUCUACCUUUCAUUGAGGCACUUCAAUCGAUGCCCAAAUACGCGAAAUUUCUAAAAGACCUUCUUAGGAACAAGGAGAAGUUAGGGGAGUUGUCGAAUGUCCCAUUGAAUGGAGGGUGCUCAGCCGUUGUUUUAAAUAAGCUUCCGGAAAAGCUUACCGAUCCCGGUAGACCUUCUUAG